GAUGACGUCAACCGCGCCCGACAACAACAACAACAACAACAUUAAAAACAUCAACAACAAAAUCAGGAUAAACAACGGAAACGCAAACAACAACAACAACAGUAAGUAUAGAGUGUUGGAUACUGGCUCAUUGAUUAUAGACAGUGUGUCAGUUGAAGAUGCAGAUGAAUAUGUAUGCAGGGCCUCAUCAAAGGUUGGCAGAGCAGAAGCCAGGGUCACUCUGCAGGUCAAAGAUAUGGACAACCUCCUGCCACCAAUCAUCAUCCACGGCCCUCAGAACCAAACCCUACCCCAGGGUGAAACAGUCACCCUCACUUGCACCAUCAACCACCAAAGCCCCAGCGAUGACGUCACCAAUUUUGAUGACGAAAAAGAUGCUGGUUAUGAUAAUGAUGAGGGUGGAGAUGAAAAUGAUGAUAACGAUGAGGCAAAGAUUAGAUGGUUGAAGAACAAUGCCCCGAUGAAAAUUGACGGUGUGAGAGUUUCGAAGAGAAGCAAUGGAGAACUCGUCAUCAACGAUCUGAGACAAUCGGACACUGGAACGUAUACCUGCAGCGUCAUCAGCGUCUCAGGUGAGACAUCAUGGUCGGCCCAUCUCUCCGUCCAGUCGAGUUCUGACCCGAACGUCCUCUUUAGAAGGUCACCUACGAUUUCUACAUUCCCAGGGGCUCCGACCACACCGCUUGUUAAUGAGGUUCGGCAGACGUCAGUGAGGCUGUCGUGGAAGUUGAACGCCAGGAGAGGCUCAUCAGAGGUCGAGGGUAGCAUCGUGGAGGUCCACUGCGUAGAGUGCUCUACCAAGACCUGGACCCAGCGUAUCUACCCCGGCAAAUCUUUGACAGCCACCAUAAACAAUCUGUCCCCAGACACCACCUACUACUUUCUCGUCAGGAGCUGGAACUCGCACGGGAUUGGUGCACCAAGUGCUGUUUCCUCUUCCGUUCGUACGAAGGGAAGCAAAAUAUCACCCAGCAUCUCAUUGGCUGACAUCAAAAUGAUUCUAGCCAGUCAGCAGUUAGUACGGCCAAUGAGUGCCCAAUCACUGAGCUCGACAAGCAUUCAAGUUGAAUGGGGCUCCUUUGAUGAAUACAAGGACAUCAUUGAUGAGUUUGUGGUUCGCUACCAAGAUAUUGACAGAAACAGUGCCAUUCAAUCAAGAAGAGCUUACCAUCACGUAAACCAGAUGACCUUGAAUGGCCUUGAAAAGUUCACCCUGUACGAGGUCAAUGUACUUCCGGUUUACAUGGGUCACGAGGGAAUUCCCACUACAGCCAGGGUCAAAACGUCUGAAGAUGCACCUUCCGUGGCACCAUCGAAUGUGCAAGUCACCUGGCACAACAACGAUUCUCUACUCAUCACCUGGGACCCACCACCUACUCUCACCCAUAACGGGCCUUUGAGGGGGUAUAAGGUUUACGUCACGAACAACAACACGCGACUCGUGCGCGCGACACAAGUCGACGAGAAUGUCGAGUCUUUCAUGAUUGGCAACGUCAUCCGAGACCACUACUACACCGUCAGAGUUACAUGCUUCAACAGGGUCGGAGAGAGUCCGUCUAGUCUGGAUGCCGUUGUUGCUGGCCACUUGCAACCUCUUCCGUUUCCACCGACAAACAGCAACAAUGUAGUGAACGAAUCCUGGUUUGUUGUUGUCGUCAUCGUCGUCAUGGGAACGCUGCUGUGGGGUGUGUUGUGUUUGCUGAGUGUCUGCAUGUUCAGGAGACACAAGAAGAACAAGAAGAAGAAGGUGCUGCAGGAUGAUGCUGAAACUGCCCUCAGAGGCGGGACACUACCGAACAUGACAAGUGGCAACAGCCAGAGAGUGCCGGCGAAAUCUUCAUCAACGACAACAGCAAGCGGAAGUCAGUUCCCACUUUUAAACAACAAUCAGCUGAUUAUGGACUGCCAGACGCGACUGAACAGGUGCUGCUACGACAACAGCCACUCGCCCACUGACUCCAAGGACGACUGCCACGUCAUCAACGAAAAUCAAGGUCACACCUAUCAGACACUUGACGCCCACCAGAGCGUGUACCCUCACACGUGGAAUGCAUUCGGCAGCGUGAUCGUCCCCAUGCCAGCCACGAACACCACACCACACCUCGACCACCAACAGCAACAGUCAAUCAAUCAAAUUGGGUAUUUCCCAUCUGGAGAAAUCCCAAAUCCAGCGGCGUACAUGAUUCGCUGCCCGCCAGCCAAUAGCAGCGGAGGUAGCAGUGUCGUCAACCAAUCAGAAACGAUUAUCGAGGCUAACGAAGAUGACCAUGACCUUGGUUACAACGUGGCUGGACGAUGUGGAGCCGGAAGUCAUUGUGGUAGCAACAGCAGCUACGGUGGUCAUAACGAAAGCGGAAGUGCUGGAAAGUACUACACGAGAGAAGAGGCGGGAAAGAAGUUUCACUUUCACAACAAUAAAAAUAAUAAUAAUAAUUAUGGUAAUAAUAAUAAUUUUGACAAUUGUAAUAAAUAUUCUAGUCCUCACCAUUCAUCCGCAGGCAGUUCGCUAGCUUCAGCCAAUCACGAAUCGAACCAGCCCUUGCUCUACUGUUACAACGGAGAGUUAGAUAACAUUGGUCCGACCAUGGCAAGUUCAAGGUACAUAAUGAACGGCGAACCAAACCACAACAACAACAACAUCUGCAACAACCACAACAACAACAUCUGCAACAACAUCAACAACAGUAACUACUACGAUCAAGUUCCUAACGAUAAUGUCAUUAACAAUCCUUACAACAACAACAACAAAAAGCUCCACCUCCUACAACAACACUGCAACACGCCAGAAUCUUUUAUAUCGGAUACAGACUGCGAUGGUGAAGACGCGCCACGGAUCAUCUCCAUCGACGACGCCAGUACAACCAGUUCAACUUCAACAAAGUCAGACAACGAUGUUGUUGUCGUUGGUGUUGCUGAUCAAAAUGUUGCCAAACAACUGCAGCAACAACAACAACAGCAGCAGCAGCUUAAAUACCAAAAACCACAAAUAGGCUUCAUGACGGCGCUUAACUAUAACAGUAAACAGCAAAUAGCAUCCAACAACAGCAGCAGCAUCAACAACAACAAUGGCUUCUGUCCAACUGUAAAAGUACCAACUACAAAAUUAUUACAACAAUUGAAGUUAAAUAAAUAA